AUGGCUGAUGACGAUGAUGAAGGAGGCUUCGGUGGUCUCUAUGAAGAUGGCCACUGGGUUUGGGAUGAAAAUACCGAAGCUUUAGUUUUUGUGAGUGACCUUCCCCCAAAACCAGUCGAAGCUAUUCACAUCCCUAUAAAAGCACCGACAGGAACAGUAGAAUUUAGAGAUGACGUAGACCUCAUAGAACAAAUUAGAUUUAGAAGACGCUACCAGCGGAAGUUAAAGCCAGGACAACCUGACAUCAUCACGAUUCAAGAUGUGAAGGAUAUCGCAAUAUACACAGCCCCAGUCAGUAUUCUAAGCCCCGCUCUAAUAAACAUUCUACAUCUUCCUACUACAGAGAGGUUCAUUAGAGCUUUAACAUUCUGCUGCCAGUAUUAUUUACAAAUUGCAGAUGAAAUGGCCAACCGUAUAAUUGAAUUAGAGACUAAAGUAAGAACGCCCCAGUGCGAAAUCCUUGAAAGCGAGUUCCGAGACAAUUUGUCCGACUUAAGAUUAUUGGUUGCUAAGGAAUAUAGUACUAUGUUGAUUGGUGGCGGUGAUAUGAAAAAAUUUCAUCACAUGGGACCUCAGAAGAAGCGUCGAUCUUUAUCGGACAAAGACGCACGACUUAUUGAAACUUUGUUGCGUAUGUGUGUCCAAAUUGUGUGGCUGGCCCUUGGUCGUAAGUCGUUCAAUCAGAUAGAAUUGGAAGUCAACCGCGUAUUCAAAUCGGAGAUAUUCAACGCAGUGGAGCACAAUCUUCACACUGGUUAUAUAAAUAAAAUGAGUCGGGAAGAGCGAGCAGUGUUGCUUGGGAGAUGCUUAAGACAUGACAAGAAGUUGAAUACAUGUUCACCGCUGAUGAACGAGGUGUUCUGUCACAGGGAGAUUGAUUAUCGUUUGAUGGGACUAGGAGUUAUAAAGUGCUCUCAGUUGAUACCACGGCUUCAUUACAUGAAAGAAGCAGUCUCAGGCCCUGAAGAAAGAUUAAGAGAACUGGGCAUUGUGUUGGGUAUAAUUGGAAUGCAUCGGUCAUCAUUCGAUACAAUGUUGAAGCCUCUACCCACGGCUAGCGAAGGAAAAUCGAAAGCUUCAGUGUCUUCACGAUCUCAAAGUCAUGCAUCUAAAUCGAGUGUUAGUAGUACAAUGAGAAAAAGCCAAACAACAGCUCAGAAAAUAUAUCCCGAUAUUGUUCUUCCACGGAAAGAGUCUCGAAUUCUGUCUGUACCACCAUCAUUCCCCGAUGAUCCCGAAUACAUUCGGCCCUGCAGUGAAACACAACGACGUAAAUGGCAAACAAGACUCGGCAAACUCCUCCAUCCUUAUGGGAGAUAA